AUGAAAACAGCAUCUAUCUUUUUGACUGAUAAUUAACAGUCUCAAUUACAGUUCUCGAACAGAUAAAAUAGAAAUCUCUUCAUAUCUGAUUUUAAUUUUGAGACAAGUCGAUCAAAAAAAUCAGGUAAAUCAUUAUCUCCCAAAAAAUAAUGGAUCAAAGUCUCUACAGCUACUGAAAGUCUGCAUUUAAUUAUGACUCCUAACUUGUUAUAAUUAUAAAAUUUUAAUUCUCUAAAGAAAAUAUUCAAAAGGUGUGUAAUAGUUGUUAGAGCAUGCAUAAGAUUACAAUUAUUAUAACAAAAAAAACAAAAGAAACCAAUUACAGUUUUGAGAAACCCUUUGAAUGGAAAAGAAUCAUUAAGAGACACAGUUUUGAAUGAAACAGUGUUCAAUUGGUGUAGAGGAAUAUGCAAAAAAUCGUUAUCUUCAAUAAAAAUGCCUGUCUUUGAUUAUUUAAAAAAUCCUAAUAUCAAUACUAAAGCAGAUAUAUCUAAAAUGUAGCUGAUUAAUGCAAUUAAAUUUAUAGUUGAAAGUCUUGCUUAUUAUACACAUCCUCAUUAUAUACAUUAUGAUUUAAAAGGUUUCUUAUGUUCUUAAUUGUAUCAAGAUUAUAAAUUAUACUUCACUCAAUAUGUUUCAGAAAGAACACGAUACAAAAUAGCAAUAUUAGAUGAAUUGUAAGAGAAAGAAGCAGCUAUAAUUGGUAUGGAAAUAAUAAUAUUUAAUCUUGCAGAAGCAAUAAUUUAAGAUUAGUUGUCUUGCAAUUUCAGCAAGCGAAUUUUAAUUAGUGUUCUUUAAUUACUAUUUAAAUAAUAUUUUGAUGAAAUGAAUUGUUCCAUUUGUAAUUAUGAUUGUAUCUAAGGUGAUAUUAAGAUUACAAAUAAUAAAUUAUAACUUACAUUUAAGACUUAGCAUUCUGGAUCUUUUAAUUUAAUUGAUGGUGUUUAUAAUGAUGAAUAAAUUACAAGUUUAUUGAAUUUCAAUAGAUCUUAAUAAGGGAAAAUUUAAGAAUAUUUUAAAAUUGCUGUAAAACAUUUAGAAAAAUAAAUCAUAUGA